AUGGCUGCAGCAGCUUAUGACGUAGCGGCUUUACUCAAGGGUAGUGACGCAGUGUUGAAUUUCCCAGAGCUUGCUGGAUAUUAUCGACUGCCGGAGUCCCCAGAACCUGCCUUGAUAAAGAGUGCGGCAGCAGAAGCGGCAGACUUGAUGAAGUUCAUGGAUGAUAUUCUUGAUAUGUCGACUCCGACGAAGGAUAUAGCAGAGGGAAUGAUAGUGAGCCCGUCCCAGUCCCAACAGCAGACAACUGAUGAAUCGUCUUCGGGGAACUUAAGGCUGUGA